AAAAAAUAAAAACAAUAAUUCACUUAGUAAAUGUUCCCAAGAACGAUUUAAUUUGUGUAUGUACUCUUUGAACGUCUCACGUAUUUUCUACUCCUCCAUUCGCUCCUACUGAACUAUCAGACGUUUCAAACUCCGGGGCUGGUGCGCACGCUGCUGCAAAUAUGCGCCUUGGCCGUCGUAUGCACGUUGGCCAGUCGAUUGUGUUUGUUUCAAAAUUGUGCUAGUGAAUUUGAACAUUUUGGUUAAUUAAAAUCAAGGCAAAUUCAUCGAUCUGAAAAAUAUGGAAUACGAGGAUGACACUCAUUUUUGUUUGAAAUGCAACAUAACAAUUGUCGGCUUAGACAAUUAUGUUUUCCAUAGAAAAUCUAGCUGUUCAAAAAGCACUGUUGAACCAUCAAAAUCUUCCUUACCGAGUCAACUUUUACCUCCUGAUGCAAUUGGCUCGGAAGCUGCCGAUUUCUUUUCUUCUCUAGAGCUUAGAAGUAGCUCGGAAAAACCUGCUGUACAAUCCACAUCAGGAAAAAGUUUUAGUGGUAUUUUAACUAGAAGCAAAAUCAGUGCUGCAAUCCAGGCAACUGUACCGCAGAAAGAUGCAGAACCGUCAAAGUCAGGAAAAAAUGUCUGGAUUGGUGGUAACCAAAUAAAAGAUCUCGGAACAGGCGACAACCAGUCAAAAUUAAUUAAAGCUGUUGCGCAUUUGGAAAGGCAAAAACAUUCCAGUAAUAGUUCUCAAUCCACUCCAACCCUUGGGGCAGUUUAUAAAGACUCUGAAGACUAUUCAGAAGAUGAUGAAUAUGACGAAGAUGAGUCUUCCGAAGAAGACUGUGCGCCACCAAGAAAUUACACGGGAGGCAAAUGGAGACCUAGUUCACCAGUGCAUUGGAGUAACAAUACAAAUCGUAGUGGCAGUAGAGACUGGAAUGAGGCCCCACCAUGUUUCACGGGAGGUGAAUGGAAACACAAAAGUCUUCUAUCAUCAUCUUAUACCAGAGGUAAAUGGAAGCCGUUUGAAGAUGAUAGCCAUCCUACUAUAGGUGGAAAACAUCCUCCUCCAAGUCAUACUAAAGGCAAGUGGAAAUCAAAAAUGGACAAUGAAGAUGAUCGAUAUCCACCAGCAUCACACACGGAAGGAAAAUGGAAUCCAAAAAUUGACAAUGAAGAUGAUCGGUAUCCACCAGAGUCACAUACGAAGGGAAAAUGGAAACCAAAAGUUGAAGAUGAAAAUAAUAUGGUUUCCCCACCGUCACAUACAAAAGAAAAGGAGAGAUUUAAAUCUUGUUCAAAACCAUCUCCAAGGGACAAGUUAAAAUCUGUAGCUCGCAAACCGUCCACAUCAAAAAAUCCAGAAAAUACUCCAAAACCUUCUAAACCGACACCAGGCAAAUCCUUAAAAAGUAAACAGAAUCAAGACAAAGUCAGAAAACAACUUAUUAGAAAUGUAGAUAAUGAUUCACCUCCUAGAAAUGUCAGUAUUCCUUGUUGGUGUCACACAUGCAACAGAAUGCUCGCUUCAAAACUAGUUUACGUACGCCAUUUGAAGUCCAAGUUACAUUUUAAAAGAGCUGAAGCUGCAAGGCAGUUUGAUAGUAGUCCAAUUCUCAGGAAAACUAACAUUGAGGAUAAAUCUAGCGGCCUUUCAGUAGAAAAAUCAUGUGAUCUUCCAGUAGUAGAGCCAACUCAUUCUUUUCAGCCUUCAACAGGUGAUAAACUGGUCAAAAAACGUAAGAGAAGAAACAUUUUUGAAAUUUGCGUUGUUUGCCGCUCAAAAGUUAAUAAGUAUUUGAUGGGCAAACAUAUCGUAUCACAUUACCACUAUAGAAGAGGUGAUAUUACUAGUGAAGCUUCUAAAAAUCUUGUUCUAAGUAAUAUAUUGAGUGUUGUCCUAGAAAGUCCUUUCCAAUGCAGCAUGUGUAAAUUUUAUUGCAACACUCACCAUCAUUUCGUGGAUCAUUGGAAAUCCAAAUUCCAUCUUGAUCAUGAUAAAAAUUAUCCUGGAUAUUAUUUUUGCGAAUUAUGCGAACAACAAAGCCCAACCUCAGAAGAAAUGCAUGAACAUUUAAACUCUCCGCAGCAUUUUGAAGUGAUCUCGGUUAUCAAUGGAUCGAUACCGAUAACAAUUAAAAAGAUUGAUGGAAAAUCUUGCCUCAGCUGCCAAAAAUUAUUUACCCUAAAUAUUCAAUUAUUGAAUCACUGUCGAAAGACUGGGCAUGAUUCAUCGAAUGUCAGCAUCUGCAAUAAAGAAGAUUAUAAGUGUAGUAAAUGUAGUAUGACGUUUUUUAAAGCCAUAUCUUUACAGAGGCAUUUCAAAAGGAAGCAUGGUCAUGAUUACUUUUUUUGUGGAAUUUGUAAUGUUGAGUUCAAAAGUAGCAACGAGGCUAAAUUACAUAGGAUGUCACUAAAGCACAGAUAUGCUGCCUUGGCCAAAAGAGAGCCCAAAAACCUUAAAAGAAAUUGCCAAUAUUGUCAAAAAAAAUUUGACAAUUUUCUGUUGUUGAAAGAGCAUCUUCAGUCUGAUCAUCCAGAUCACAAAAUCAGAUGUCCCCACUGUGGAACCAAUUUUACCGUCUCUCAAGAGCUAAGUAACCACCUAAGAGCAAAAUUAUGCAGAUUCUCAGAAGACCCUAUUGAGCAUCAAUUUCGCUGCGAUAUUUGUCCAUAUCAGUCUGAUUCCACAUCAGAAAUGCUGUUUCAUAAGGCUUUGCAUAGUAAGCCUUCGAUGAUUGAGGUAUUUUAUGAAGAAGGCAAUCAAUCCAACGCCCAACCUGUUCCUCGAUACAAGUGCCCCCUAUGUGAGAAAAUAUAUCCAAAACACUCAUUAAAGCCACAUUUGAGACUACAUACUAAAGAAAGACCAUACAUGUGUAAAUCAUGUGGCGCCACCUUUACACGAAAAAACAACCUAUUGUAUCAUGAAAAAAAUCACGAAAGAAAACAAGUUCAUCCUAAAAAGAAAUCUGAAGAUACGACUUUUUUAUGUUCGGCGUGUGGUGCAAGAUUCAACAAAAAAUUCACUCUUCAACAGCACAUGCUGAUACACACAGGAAAAUUAUGCAAAUGUCCACAAGAUGGUUGUUUUUAUUCUGCAAGGAAAAUUAGUGAACUAAAGGAACAUUUAAAUACUCACAGUUCCGAAAAAACCUUUGCCUGUUACGUAUGCGAAUAUAUAGGAAAAACCAAAAAGCAAUUGAAAAGGCACAUGACUGUCCACGAUGAAACCAAAAAAUUCAGCUGCAACCGCUGCUCCUUCACAUCUAGAACCUCUGCUCAUUUGAAACGGCAUAUGCGAUUACACACUGGAGCUAAACCUUUUAAAUGUCCUUACUGUGAAUAUAAAUGCAAUAAUAUGGAAAACUUACGUCGACACGUCCUCGCCACCACCAAACACUCAGGAAAAUGUAUCUAUGAGUGCAAAUUUUGUGAAGCUUCUCAACGAUUCCAAACAAAUGUAGCCAAAGAAUUUAAGGCUCAUUUAAUACUAACUCAUGAAGGAGAUUUUGGUAGUAGUAAUGAUGCUGCCUCUUAUAUAUCUGGAAUCUAUGAAGCUGAAAACGAUGAGACUAAUCUUAUUAGCUUAGAAGAAGACGUAGAUGAUCCAGAUUCAGUUCAAGAAGUUGAACCGAUUAUUCUAAAAACUAAUGGCUUUAGUAAAAUUAUCUUAAAACUUGAUACCGGAGAGGAUCCAGUGGUAGCUCAACUAACUCAAUCAUCAGGAAAUGUAGCGAUGGAUGAAGUGUUACCGAUGCCUAUCAAAACUGCAUGCACUUUCGAUUUGACUGGUCAAUAUGAUGUAGGUGAAUCCGGGGAUUUGGUGCCGUUCCAGAGUGCGCGAGAAGAGGAUUUAUUUGAGACACAUUUCUGAUUUGCCUUAGAUGAAGGAGUGAAAUAGCAGGGACUGAUCAAUAUCAAUAUUUGUAAUUUUUUUUAUGUAAUAUCUUUGAGUUAUAUCCAUAUAUGUAAUUUUGUUGUGGUUUUUCCUGAGACUGAGAACUCAUGGUUCACAUAUUUAAUGUGUUGAUCAAUAAACUUAUAUUUCAUAA